AUGGCAGCGCCGAUUCUCACACCAGCAUUACUUGGGGCAAUCAGGAAACAACCCAAUCUACCCCAAAAUACGUGGUACUUUAUUGCUGCCACGACACUAUCUGCGCUCAAUCGGCCAGACGAACUGCCCAAUGUCUACAAGCAUGCUGUUGAAGCAAGUCCUGACAUAGCCGAGGCUAUACCAGGGCGGGAUGAGCAGCUAAGCAUAUCGAGGCGCAUUCGCGAGGCCCUCCUAAAAGCAUCUGCAGUUGGAGGCAUGCCAAGAACCAUCAAUGCUCUGCUGACACUCAAGACCGUGACGCCAGAGGACCUCCUCGACGCAACUCCUGGGGACAAACCUUCCCCGAGGUUUAAGGAUGUAUAUCAAACAUCGCCAUCGGAGGUGCUGGAGCGCGGCCAGACCUUCUUCAACCAGAUAUAUGGCAAGAUUUCCAGGCGUGUGAUGGGACAGAUGGACCGCUCAGGAGCAGAGGACCUGGGCCUGAUGGCGAGACUGACGUACGGCUACGUCCUCAGCAACACGGAUGUCCUCACGCCAGCAGAAACUUCAUUUGUGCUCAUCGCUAGUCUUAUACCACAAGACGUCAACCCUCAACUCAAGGGUCACUUGCGGGGAGCGCUCAACGGAGGAGCCAGCGUAGAGGAAGUAAGGGCAGUCAGAGAUGUGGUGAUAAAGAUCUGUGAAGCAUCUGGUAUGAAAAGGCUCAGUGAAGAUGCCACCGGGGGAUGGGGCUGGAGAAGUGAAGUCGCAACAGUAUAG